AAACUCCACCUUUUGCCGCUCGAAUGUGAAUUUCAUAACAAUCAGAAAUUAAUGUUCUAAAUUCCUCGAUUUUCUCAGUGAUUUCGCAGAAAGUUUUCAGGAAAUAAGAAAGAAAAAGCCAUGGCAGCAUCAGCAAAGGAAGGAACUGUGAUUGUGUUUGAUUGCGGCGCAAGUACGGGAAUGGAAUGCGGAGAUGGGAAUUUCUUUGAGAUUGCCAAAUCAUGCCUUAGCCAAAUCCUCCAGAGGAAGAUCUUUACGAAUCCUGGAGAUCAGGUGGGUAUCAUCCUCAUGGGAACGGAUUCAACAAGCAAUGAUUUGAAUGCCUCCGAACCGGGAAGUUAUGAGAACAUCACCAAGGCUAUGAAUCUGAGGGAGACAUCAUGGGAAGUGCUGGAGCUGAUUGAGCAGCAUCUCAAGAUUGGCAGUGUUGAUGCAGACUGGUCAGAAGCUCUUGAGGUAGCGCUGGAUUUCCUCAACAAGCAAAUUGAAGGAAAGAAGCUAAAGAACUUCCAAAUUGUCCUGAUAACUCCUUUCACUGCAAACAAGAAACCAAAAAGGAAAGUCGAAGACCUUGCGGAAGGAUUGCGAAAAUUGGGAACAGAUCUCAGUGUCAUCUCCCACAAUUUGGUCAGCAUUUCUGAGGAUAGUGUCGCCUUUAGUCAGGCUGAGGAUAAAUCUCCAUGGCAGAAAGUCCACGAGGAGGCCAUUGAGAAGCUAAUUGAUGAGGUUGAUGGGAUCUUCUGCACAUUCACAAACGCCCUGAAUCAGUUGACGUACUUCCAGCAGAAGAAAACCCGCGCAAUGCCCUGGAAUUGCGAUCUGACCAUUGGAUCAGAGCUGAAGAUCCGCAUUUCAUCGUAUUUGUACACAAAACGUCCGUCUUACCUGAAAUCCUGGAAAACUGUGGCAGAGUACACGGAAGAGCCGGCAAAAUCCACCUACAGCCACUUCAAGGGUGGCGAGGAGUACACCCCACAGCCAGAGGAACUCAUUAAGGCCUACAUGUACGGCUCUACGGUUGUUCCCUAUGACACAGCCCUCGAUGUGGACUUCAAGACAUCCGGAAAGUGCUUGAUGUGCAUCGGAUUUACAGCUGAAAAGUACCUCAGGCAGAAAUUCCUCACGGGAACCGGAUCAAACAUCGUUCUGCCACAGAAAGGCUGCGAAGUUUCCGCCCAGAUGUUCACGUCCCUCGUGCUGGCCAUGAAGAACUUGGGUGUCACCAUGAUUGCCCGCCGGGUGUACAAUGCCCGCUCGAAACCCAAAAUUGUCGCCCUCAUUCCAACGGAGAAGAAGAACAUCCCCUUCCUGACAAUGCUGGAUCUUCCUUUCGGGGAUGGCGUUGUGGAUUUUCACUUCAACACCUUCAACGAUAAGAAAACCGAACCAAGUCCCGAACAGUACGAUGCUGUGGAUAAACUAAUUGACGCCAUGGACCUCAUGGAGGCAUCAGAGGAUGGCCUGGAGGCUUUCUCCACGCGCAACACCCUCAAUAUUGCAGCACAAUUCACCUACAGAACUCUCGCAGCUCGAGCAUUGCAUCCCACACAACCACUACCCACCUUCAGUGAGGAUCUCAAAGAGCAGGUGACUGUACCGAAGAAAAUUCGCUCACAAGCUCAGGAAGCUGCGCAGGUGGUUAAGAAUGCCUUUGAAUUGAUCCCUAAACCACAAACACGGAAGGAUAUGUGGAUUAAGAAGCUCUUUAAGCCCGUAACUGAUCCCGAUGAACCUGCUGAGCAGCUCGAAGAUGCCCCUGCAGUGCUAAAUGUCGUCGAGACGGACAUCGUGGAGGUGGGAACAGUCACACCAGCGGAAGAUUUUGCCUUCCUCAUGCAUCGCGGUGAGAAAUUCUCCACAAUCUGCGGGCAGAUUCAGAAUGUCAUCUCCAGCCUUGUCUUCAGUGCUGCUAUCCUGCAGCGUGAGAAGGUCUUCAAGGCGAUCUUUGCCUUUCGCGAAGGAGCUAUGCACCUCGAUGCAGCCUACAGCUACAACGAUUGGAUCACAGCAUUCCGGGAGAGACUUAUUGAACGCAAAAAGGGUGAUAUGUGGGAGGAUAUUGUCGUCAAGGAGCGACUGGGACUCAUUUCGCGUGCUGAACAUUCCGGGAGUACCGUCACAGAGGACGAAGCUAAGGCUUUCUAUGAAAUUGAUGUCAAUGCUGCCGCAGCAACGGCUAUUGGAGCUCCUUCUAUGGAUGUUGAUGAUCUCUUUGAUGACAUGUAAAGGUGCUUCUUCAGGCGAUCUUUUCAUUAUUUUUCAGAUUGUUUUUUCUUUAAUUUGUCACGUUGUUCUCUAGAUAUUUGAGAAAAUUAAUAAAUUAACACUUCUUGUAGAAAUUAAACUUUUUUGAUAACUCCGU